AUGCAAAACGACGACGACUACCAACUAAUAGCACUCUUCCGAUCCCAGAGCUUUCGCCGGGAAAAUGUCGCUUUUCAUCAUUCUCCUGAUUUUCCGCUAAAAGGCGGCGUGGCGACGAAGUCUCGAAGAGAACUCGAGGAACUGAGUUCUCCCAACGAGAGGAAAUCACAAGAAGGAGAACAUUGGUUCUCCGUUAAAGCUCAGGUCGUGUCAUGGGUACGACGAAGUGACUCAUCGAUCUUGUCUGUCGGGAACUCGACCUUUAUACAAGACGGGCGAUUCAGGGUAAUCCAUUCGCAAGAUUCAGAAGUUUGGGGGCUGCAAAUUUCCAGCACCCGGCUUUCUGACGCCGGAUCGUAUGAGUGCCAGAUCAGCACGGAGCCCAAAAGAAGCUGGGUCGUCGAGCUCAAAGUUGUCGAAUCCAGCGUCAAGAUAAUCGGUUCGCCGGACAUCUUCGUCCAGAGUGGGACGUCAGUGGACAUCAAAUGCCAAAUCUCGGACCCGGGACGUGCAGACUCCCGAGUUCAGCGCAUUCAGGCGGUAGUGCCGACCGAGUCAGUCGUGUUUUGGUUCCGGGACGGGCGGCGGAUCUUGCCUUCCGAAGACGGCGUCUCUCCAAUAUCCUCGGAUCGUCUGCAUCAAGACGUACUGGUUCAAGCACUGAGGAUCCAAUCUGCAAAGCGAUCCGACGCCGGCAAUUACACUUGUGCUCUGGCUGAUGGCUCGUCUGACACAGUCAUCCUCCACGUUCUCAACGCGGGGAAAGAGUGGAGGAGAUUGAUUGAGUUAUCGGAUAUGAGGGAAGUUUUCCGGCGAGAAACUUUCCUUCGACGACGGUGUCAAAGCCCGGACCCGUCUAUCAAGACCAGUGCCCGACGUCAUCAAUCCUGCUCCAGCUUCUGUGUAACCGACAGCUGA